CGAAGACAGCCGAAUGUGGGGAUUUUCUAGAACCAAAUCGCUCCGGCCCCAACUUUAUGCAAAAACUUUCUCCUCAUCAGCAUCAAACCCGUUUCCCGCCAUUCCCGUUGAAGAUACAAACCCGAAUUUCCGCCAAACUGUGAAAUCACUUUCUCAGCUGCUAAAUCAACGUCCACCCAUAUCUCAGAUCAAGCAAAUCCAUGCCCGAGUAAUUGCCUCCUCACUCUCUUCACAUGCUUCUUUAACCAACUCUCUUAUCCAUUGCUAUCACUUCGCCCAAGACUUUUCCUCUUCUAAAGCAUUGUUCAGCAAAUACCCUUUGCCCUCACCACCAAUCUUGAUAUGGAAUCUCAUGAUCCGAGCCUACUCCAAGCUUCAAUCUUCUCCCGAACCCAUCCUUUUAUUCCGCGAAUUGCUGUCUCUUGACCACGCCUGUCGGGUUCUUCCUGAUGACUACACAUUCACUUUUCUCAUCACCUCAUGUUCCCGCCAGAUGUGGUUGACUCAGGGCGCAGCUGCCCAUGGGCUGGUGAUAAAAUAUGGGUAUGUCUCGAACUUGUACGUCGCCAAUUCGUUGGUUAACAUGUACGGAGUUUUCAAGAGAACGGGCGAUGCGUCCAUGGUUUUCGAUGAAAUGCCUGAGAGAGACGUGUUCUCAUGGACUAGUAUAGUAUGUGCGUAUGCAAAAAAUGGAGAGAUGUCCCAUGCAUGUCAAGCUUUUGAUAAAAUGCCAAUGCGUAAUGAUGUUUCUUGGGCUGUGAUGGUUUCUGGUUUUGCUGGAAGUGGCAGGUACAUGGAAUCCCUAAUCUGUUUUCGUGAUAUGCUGUUGUCUGGCAGCGAGCCUAAUGAGGCUGCUCUAGUUUGUGCCAUCUCUGCUUGUGCUCAGCUGGGGGCGUUGGAACAGGGCAAUUGGAUUCACACUCACAUUGACAAGAGUAGGAUACCAUAUACUUCCAAUGUAUCCACUGCUCUAAUUGAUAUGUAUGCAAAAUGUGGUAGGAUUGGUUGUGCAGAAUUAGUAUUUAAUAAAAUAACAAGCCCGGACGUUCACAAUUUUACGAGCUUUAUAUCUGGGCUAUCUAUUCAUGGCCUCGGUAAAGACGCCUUCAAUGUGUUCAAGCGGAUGUUAGAUGACGGAAAUAUCAGUCCAAAUGAGGUGACCAUUUUAGGAGUCCUAAACGGCUGUAGCCAUUCUGGCCUUGUGGAAGAAGGUUCCUAUGUCUUCUACAAUAUGGAGAACGAAUGGGGGAUUGAGCCUAAGAUUGAGCACUAUGGCUGUUAUGUUGAUUUACUUGGGCGUGCGGGCUACUUGGAGAAGGCAUUUGAACUUGUUCGAAGCAUGCCAGUGCAACCUGAUAUUGUCAUAUGGAGGGCUUUGCUCAGCGCAUGCCGGAUCCAUCGCAAUUCUGAUCUCGGAGAGAGCGUCGUAGACUAUAUUAAGGGUCUUCUUGGCUCUUCUGCAUCUAGUGUAGGUGGUGAAGUGCUUCUUUCAAACUGUUAUGCUUCUCAGGGUAAAUGGGAGAGAGUCACUCAACUGAGGGAGGUAAUGGGUGAGAGGAGAAACAAAAACCGACCCGAUAUAGGAUGCAGCUGGAUUGAGGUUAAUGGUGUUGUUCAUGAAUUUCGUGUCGCAGAAAAGUUGCAUCCCCAGAUUUACGAAAUUUAUGAGAAGUUACAGAAAGUGUUGGACAGGGCUCGGGAAGCAGGCUACGUUGCUAGCACCACGCACGUUUCAUUUGAUCUUAUUGAGGAGGAGAAGGAGCAUGCCGUGGCAUGGCAUAGUGAGAAGCUGGCUGUUGCAUAUGGACUGCUGAGUAGUACUCCAGGGACUUGUAUCCGAAUUGUUAAAAAUUUGAGAACUUGUGUAGAUUGCCAUUCUGCUUUAAAGGCCAUUUCGGAAGUUUAUGAAAGAGAGAUUAUUGUGAGAGAUCGCUCACGUUUUCACAAUUUCAAAGGAGGAAGUUGCUCAUGCAAUGACUAUUGGUAGGUCGGCACAGGGCACUUUUACAUCGGGAGCAAGACUCUACAAGUCCUUAGAAGUGGUUUCCCGGAUGCCCUUGGGGUUCCAGACCUUAUUACUCUUUCUUUAUGGAUCCAAGAUAUUAUUUGUGAUUUCUCACUAAAAGAGAAGGUACAUCCGCCCUUACGGUUACAUGUAAUCAGUGGAGGACCUGGGGGCAUGGGGGGCAAGCGCCCCCGCUUCCAGUCCCGAAAAACACUAGUACUACUUAGGUGAUAAAUAACUGCCUUGCUUCUGAUAUGUAUGAAUAGUUUUAGUUUUUGGAUGAAUAUUUAGACUCGGAUAAUAUAGAAGUUGAUAGAAAGAAAUAUUGUUGUGUCUAAGAAGUUGAAUUUCAUGAUGGUGAUGCUCAGAGUAGAAGUUGUAUUGAUCUUCAGCCUGGUGCAAAAAUUCAUAUUGCUGGAAAAGUGCCAUGUGCUUCUGGAUCUUUAAAGACAGGGAAAAGAAAACAUUUUAGACCGACUUGUGAUGCUUGUUACACUGACUUGGGGCAUCCUAUAAAUGAGAUCUUGCAUUGGCACAAUACUAUAUAAAGAGAAUUAGAUGGACUUGUUUCAGAGGCUAGAAAGGUUGAUCUGUCUGGAGACUUAUCUAAUCUUCGGCAUUUCUAUGAGAGUCCAGUUCAUAGCUGAUGUUUGCAUAUUUCCCAGGUAUUGACUCAUUGAUUAUGAUAGAUCAGAUUUUCUUUGAUUAUUAAAAUAAAAAAUGAGUCACCAUAACAAUUUGAUAACUCUUUUUGGGAUAAUUGCCGAAUUGGUGAAGUCGACCUUUAUUUUGUAAACUUGCUACCGUGUUUCUGAAGACAAGGUCAUAUUCCCGGUUGUAGAUGGGGAUUUUUCCUUCUCUCAGGAGCGUGUGGAAGAAAAAAGUCAAUUCAAUGAGCUCCGUUUGAUGAUCGAAAACAUUCAGAGUACGGGCAUCAAUUCAGAUUCAGCUGCUGAGUUUUUCUCAACAUUAUGUCUUAAUGCUGAUUUAAUUAUUGAAACAAUUAAAAAGCAUUUUCACGACGAGGAAGUUCAGGUACUCUUGUUUUCUGUUGUGUGUGACAGUUGGUCAUACUAUUUGUCUUUAUUUUAAGUUAUUCUAUUUUUUGAGGGAAACUUUAUGUUAAGUUAUUUAUUUAUUUGAAUUACAUGGUUCUGGUUGGGCUGUGAGAGACAAAUGCAAUCUUUCUCUUCAAAAUGUCACAUAUGGCCUAUUGGCCUAUGCAGCUUCAUAUUUGUCUAGAAAUUGCAUAACCAGAAAAGGCAUUAUUUAUGAGUGAUAAAGUAUACUUAGUUGUGUUACUGACCUUUUAUUCGUCUUUAUUCCAAGCAAAAGUUCUCCUUAACACGUAACUCCUAUUGCAUGAUAAGUAGUUAUGCUUUGACCUAUUUUUUUUAGGGAUAAUUUGAGUUUGCACCCCAUUUUAUUGGCCAAAUUAGACUUUGCACCCCGUUUUUGAAAUCAUUAGUAUUUGCACCCCAACCCCUUAUGAAAAGACAAAAAUGUCCCUCAAUCAGGAAUAUGUUAAAGACCAACAAAAUUGUUAGUGGAGGGGCAUUUUAGUCUUUUCAUACGGGGAUGGGGUGCAAAUACUAAAGAUUUCAAAAACAGGGUGCAAAGUCUAAUUUAGACAAUAAAAUGGGGUGCAAACUCAAAAUAUCCCUUUUUUUUAACAAUGCAAAAAUCACCAGUGUGAUGUUUAGUCUUCUAAUGUAUGUCCAGGUUCUUCCACUUGCUAGGAAACAUUUUUCCAAGAAGAAACAGAGAGAAAUCUUGCAUGAAAGCAUGUGCCUUAUGCCACUGAAGUUGACUGAACGCGUAUUGCCAUGGCUGGUUGGCUUAUUGACUGAGGAUGAAGCUAAGAAGUUUUUAAAUAAUAUGCAGUUAACGGGACGUAGCCAUGGUGUAUGCUUAUCUUCUGAUUUCACAUCUGACCAGAAAGUAAAUUCAAUUCAAGGGUCCUGACUCCUGUCCAUGCUCACUCUCUAUGCAGACAGAUGAUCAUUAUAAGAGGCCAUUGAAAGAAUAUCUUCAUUCCUUAACAUGAAUGGUGAAUCAUCUGAUGACUCAUCUGAAGCGCUUAAAUGAUCAGUCUUGUUGCGUCCCCGGAUUUGGGAUUAAGUACUAUUUAUACACAAAAAUCUUUCUAAUCCCUGUCCUCUCGUCCUGGUCCUUCUCUAGACUCUUCCCUCUUUUUUUUGGGAAACAGAUAAGAGAUCUUCCAAUUUGCUUGACUAUUGUGUAUCGCUUCCACUUUCCUGUGGUUUUGGUUUUAAAUGAAAUGUUUGAUCUGGAAUUUGACCUUGUUUAACCGGCUCCUCUACAAUGGCCCAAAAGACAAGCAGGCUGCUUGGCACAUCCUGAUUCCCGACUGCCUUAUAGUUAUCACAAAGUGAUCAGGAGCAGAUAUCAGACUUGCUUAAUUUGUAAAGCUGUGUUGAAUCAGCACCAAUUGACUGCCAUGGAUCCUGCUAGCUCUUCAGUUUUGCCUUGCCUUCGUGGUUUCUUUAUUUGAAGAAUUAUUAGUGAAAGGAACCAUAAUCUUGUUCUUCAAUAAUUCGAUGAAUGACAGUGGUAAAAUUAAAUUAGUUUAAUUUAAAUUUGUAUGAUCGAGUUGAUAGUAAAUCCAUUCGGUUCGAAAAGGAUGUUUUCCCAACGAUUGUUGCAGAGAGGGCAAUGUAUUCUCUUGAAAUCUUGUAAUACAUAACUUUGCUCCGUAAUGUUCAUUUAAUGACUAAAUAAGAACGUAUUCAAUUAUCAAAUUUACAGUUCCAAUAUCAGAUCUUAUUCGACUUUAAUGUUGUGUUUUUAGCGUUUUAACUUCA